GACGUCCUCAGCCUCAGGUCUUUGUUCUCAACCACCAUGUCUGACUCUUCGUGAAGUUUUCUGUUCAUAGUAUUCUGCGCUGCAGCGCUGUAUAGCUGGUAUUGUAUCACCACGCACGAAUUCGCACUUUCGUUCUUCGUCUUGGAUGCCAUCUCCAUAUAACCAACUCUAUCAUUUUGACCCUUGCUGACUAUCUAUCAUGGCGUCCGGAACACAAGAUGUUUCGAGUGAAACCUCUUCCAGUUUGCUGUCACUGUCGAUUGCAGCGGCCAGCGCAGCACGUAUUCCUGUCAGCGGGGAGUCGCCUGCCAACCCCACAGUUGCUCCUAGUAGCUUCAAUGCUCCUAGUCAGCUAUCCACCUCUGGGCUUGGAAAUAGUCUCACUGCUUCCAAACUUCACGCGCCGCCUAAGCACCGCCGGAUGUCAUCUACUGGAAUCAUGAAGCGCAGGCUGAGUGAUGCACGAGAGGCCGCAGCCAGACCAUCUCUUGUAACCAUCCAAACUGCAGCUGCAGCUUUGUCGUCACUCGCUACACUUUCACUAUCCAGUUCACCACCGCCGGCAGGCCCCGCUCAACUAUCGACUUCAUUCGCGGCGGCGUCGGAUGCUCUCAGACCUAACUCGACAGAGGUUACGUCGUCCGUAGACCUGUCAGUGAAGCAGGAGGACGUCGACCGCCAGGUUUCCCAUGACAGCUCUGGCGCCGGUAAAGGUGAGCUUAGUGUAGGCGGUAUCAUUAUCAAGAAUGGUACUGGGAAGAAAAGGGGCACUAUUUUCCAGUGUGAGAGCUGCUCCAAGAUGUACCGUCAUCCUUCUUGCCUAAUCAAGCACCGCUGGGAACAUUCUCCGCACUGGCGCGAGGCUUCCAAGUUCUUGCUCAGCAAGCAUCAGCAAGUACAGUUGCUGGAGGCUGCCGCCAUUCUUUCCCACAUUUCGCCUUCUGCUUCUGGCGGAACCUCCUUGCCUGAAGAUCGCUCGUUAUGGCCUUCUUUCCUCUCUGGCGGGACCAUGCCCCCGCCUUCGUCGGCAACCGUAUCAGCUAAUGCUACGGUAAGGCAGAGUACUAGAGCAUCUUCCCUUGAAGUGCGACCGGCGUUCCCGACGUCGAGCUCUGUACCUGCCAAUUCCAGUGCUUCGCCUAUGACUCGCGCGACAUCGACCGGCCCCCGUAUGCAUGACUACUCCUUACCCGUCACUGGUGGUUUGACCCAUGUCCGUCCAGGCGUCGUUGCUGUACCUACAGGUUCUGAUGUUCAAGCGGUCGAUUCUGAGCAAACAUUCUCUGCCCGAGCUGUUCCUGUGCCGCUUCCUGUGAACAACCAUGUUUACCGGGAACAGAGUGCUUACAGUCUCGCCAGCGGUACCUCAGAGUCGUGGGGGUCACCUAUUUCGUAUCCUCAAGCAAACUCAUACGGGACUAGCGCUUGGUCACUACCGCGUUCUUCCAUUCGUUCUGGUUCCGACUCUGCUUCGCGUUCACGAUCAGGGUCGAUCCCUCCCAGCGAAUAUGAUGUCGAGUUUGUCGACGUGGACGGGGGUGACAUACCCAGCCAAUCAUACGGAUUUAUAUCACGCGGACGCACGAGUGCGACUCGCGAAGAAUGGAAAGGCGACGCCGAGAAGGACAAGACUAAUGAUGAAUGGGACGGUAUGGAAAUGGAGAUGGAAAUGUGAAACAACCAAGGGCGAACUGUAUAUUUUUGAAGGAUGUGCGUCGUGUAUGUGUAUAUCAUGGGAUGGGAUGACUCGUAUGGACGGUUUUCUCAUUUCUCUCCUUUUUCUCUCCAUCUGUAUACAUACUACUUAUUAUCCAUUUUUUUUCUAGUUUCUAGUAUUGUGGGCGUAUUGUGAUGAACUUACUCACGGCUUUUCUUGUCCUUGUACGGCAAUAGGGAAUAUUCGGUCUUUUGCCGUCAAUGUACAGCUUGUUCCUUUGUGAGACCUGAAGGGAUCCAGACUCACGAAGCGAUAUCAGACAUGCGUAUAAACUGAGGAGCCUUCAGCGAUCCCGCGCAGGAAUAGGACGCAUGUUUAUGAUGGAGAAUUAUAUGGGUUGCAAGCCCAUUGCAGCAGGUGUUUUGAGACGGCAGUCUGUAUUGAUGAUGAAAACGGACGCGUAAAUUAAAAGAGACCACGUGAGGAUCC